AUGUCGCGGAGUCGGUUUUUGGCGGCGCGUCGGCGCGCGUCGUGCUUGUUUGUGCUCUGCUCUUCACUGCUUCUCGCUCAGCUUUCUGCGCGGUUUCGGACUCUGCUUCUUCUCCAUGCCGCGCCUCCCUUGUCGCCGGCCGUCCGCGGCGCGGGCGAGGAGGCGGCAGCUCGCCCGCGCCCGACUUUCGGGCCUUUCGCCGCGGACGGCGGCUCAGGCGUUUCGGCCUGGAGGCGCGUCGGCGCCGAGUUCAACGGCGUGCUGGUCUUGACCGACAUCGACGACACGCUGUGGUCAUCGGGGAACUGGCGGCUCGCCGGCAAGUCGCUCGGCGGCAUCGACGGAGACCUCUCGCGAGGACAAACGUACCCAGGCAUCGGGGCGCUCUACUUUCUCCUCUCCUCGGGCCCCCACGUGACCGCGGCUCCAGUCAACAUGAUGCUGCCGACGUGUCCAACGCGCUUAGCGUCGCCGCUCUGGGAGACUUGCCCCGUGACGGACUACCGCUCGUGGGUAUUGCGCACGCUGGCGGCCGCGUCUGCGACUUCGGCGUCGUCGCCCUUCGCGCUGUCUGCCCCCCCCGCGUCGCCGCCGCCUCCGCCGCCUGUCGACGACGAUAAGCCGCCUCCGCCGCCCGUCGACGACGGUAAGCCGCCGCCUCCGCCGCCCGUUGACGACGAUAAGCCGCCGCCUCCGCCGCGCGUCGUCGACGAUAACCCGCCGCCUCCGCCGCGCGUCGACGACGAUAAGCCGCCCCUUCCGCCGCGCGUCGGCCUGCUCACCGCGCGGGCGUCGACGUCGGCGAUGCGAACUUUCACCCGCCCAGCGUCUUUCUACGGCGCCGUGGAGACGGCGCUGAUUCACGGCGCGCGACAGGUCUACGGCCCUGGCGUCGAGGGCUGGGGCCGUGUCCGCUUCGAGAACAGCAUGGAGCUCUUCCGCGACGUGAUCGGCGGGCAGCACUCGCGCGGUCGCGGAAAGAUCUCCGGAUUCAAGGAGGCGCUCGCCAGAUUCCCAGACGUCACGCCCAUAUUCUCCGGCGACACCGGCGAGAAGGACGUCGAGGCCGCCGCCGGCAUGGCGCUCUACGCCCAGAACAAACUCGCCGCCGUCUUCGUCCACGUGGUUAUCGGAGCGACGGAAGACGAAGAGGAGGCAGAAUUCGAGGAGGGCCACAAUGUGAGAUUGACCCCGUUUACUCUCAGAUUCAACGGUCGGCGCAUUCCCUCGCUUCGGCUGGUCGCGGACGUGUCUGUUUUGCUGCAUCCGGGAGACCCCCAGCCUACCUCCUUCGCGUCGCUUUCCGACACGCACCUGUAUGCGGCGGGGAUGGGUGUGGCGGGCGUCUUCAAGCCCCUGAUGGUGGCUUACGCGCGCGACGACAGGCGCCAAAGACUGAAGCUCGACGACCCCACGAACCGCCGAGCGAUGCAGGAGGAAGAGACGCUGCUCCGAAAGUACGUGGGGCUGCCGAUCUUCUUCCUCAAGUACGGGCAACUCGACAUCCAGCGACGCUUCGGGCUGAAGCGGCAAACGACUCGAAACCCGCUGCGGAAGCUCUACAAAAAGCUCUCCAGCGGCCUCAAGAAAGGCGUGUCCAAGGUCGUCUCGCUGCAGUGGACUGAGGAAGAAGAACUGCGAGGCUACAUCGAUCUCUCGGACGUGCCUUCCAGCGGGAAUUUUUCUCAAGCGGACGAUCUGGGUGUUCCCUUCAUCCCCUACAGAACAGCGUUGGGGGCGGGCAUCUCUGCGUUUGUUUUGGAGAUGCUGACGCUGCAAGAUUUAGUCAACUUGGCGGUGGCGGCGAUUCGGGACUACCGUUCUCUGGGCCCAGCUGAGGCGUGUGCCCAGAAGGAGGUGCUGGACGAUUUGUUUUUCGACCUGCACUACAUGCAGGAUCUUGCCGGGGAUGCGCUGCGGAGGGCUCGCCUUGAGAACCGCGCGAUUUUCGAGGACGGUGUCGAGGCGAUUCGCACGUUUCGUAGUCAGAGCAAGAAGUUCUGCAUUCCGAUGGGGCCGUCGCUGUCCUGGGCUCUCGGCGAAGACGUCGGAGCGUGCCUCGCGCUCUUCCACGGCCCCACGGCUCCGCAGAGUGCGGCGGGCGCGAGUGGCGCGUAUGCGCGUGGAGCUGUCGAGCUCGCCGCGAUUCUUCCCGCCGUCGCGCCUCUUGCGCGAGCUGCAUGCACCUUCAUGGACCAGAUGAAGUACUGGAAGAGUGCAGGUGGAGAUGAGCUGGAAGUUCUCAGUCUAAAAUUCUCUCUGGCGCUCAAUCAGGCAGUCGAACUUAGCAAUGACGACGACAUCAGCGCCCGCCAGAGCUCGGUCCCCAGUCGCGAAUCCUCUACUAGGGCCGGAGCCGAUCUAAAUGUCCCCGACGCACGUCCCCCGUCUCUCUCGGACUCAGGAUUUUCAUCUUAUCCGCUCGUGCAGGAGGACCCUUCGUUCAAUUCGAGCGCUGUCGCAGCGUCGCCGAUGCCGCUGCUCCGUCCGAGCUCGGGAACAGUCAAUGUAGAUGACAGUUGGUCUCUGUCUCCCGGCCUGCAGUUGGCGGAGCGAAGCGGCUCGUCCUCAGCGGGCUUGGCCAGACCGCGGGCUUCUGCGUCGUCUACAAACGACCGUCGGAGGCCCUUGGAAGGCGCGGGGACGCGAGCGCAGCCGCUUGUGGGUUAUGCCGGUCUUGCGGCGUCGCUGGCUCCCUCGCCCGCAGCGGAGCGCAGGCCUGAGACACUCGCUGUGUCGAAAGCUUCAACUGUAGCCGAUAGCGACCUGGGGGACGACGAGCCUGACGCUUCCUUGUUUGAGCGGAGGUCGCCGACCUCCGUGCCGGUUCGAAACUUCUACAUCGGUGCGACGCCGCCCGACGUCAGCGUGUCGCCGCGAGACUUGAGAGGCGAUAUGGGGGGUAAGGAUCUCUCUCCGGACGCGGCAGCGACCUCGUCACUGUCGCCCAGCGCAGUCGCGUCAAUCAAUGAGUGCCCGUACCCAUCCGUUCGCAAGUUGCUUCUUGUGAUGCGCCCAAUCUGCGAGAAGCAGCAGAAGAACUACGGACUCGCCGCACCCUGCGCUGUCAUGUCGCGCCUUCUGUACGACGACGGCGUGCUGGAUAUCUUCGCCGAGGUCGCCGCGUGGAUGGAGCGAGGCGCAAAGACGCCUCUCUACCUCCCGAAAUUGCAUCUGACUUUGGAUCCUGAGCACUACCGACUCGGUACGCUGAUGAGGAAGGAGAACAGCAGCUUCCGGAAUUUGAGAAGCGUGUUGACACGUGGAAGGGGGCACCACGCGUACAACUUGAUAGAGCUAAAGCGGCGUCACCGGUCCUGCGUGUGCGGCAUCAUGGCUGUCUCCGUGAUCCCCGAGGAGCAGCCGAGAUCCCCGCGUGCCAUAGCUUUCGUGCGUCCUGAUCACGCGGAAUAG